CAGGCCUCAAACGGCACAGCGUCCCCUGGCGUACGCGAGGAGCAGGACAUCUUUUGCCGACGUGCAGAUGUGUGUGAUGUGAGCGGAAGCUGGUCCUGCUGAGCCAAUUGUUGUGGGGCAACGUCCACGGGCUGCUCGGGCUUAUCUCUGCACGCUUUUUAACACAUCAGCAUUGGUCGGAGCACAGACGUUUUUUUUUUUUUUCCACCUGAGGGUCCAGUCCGACGAAUUUGCUUGCGAAUACUACCACGUAGAUUGCGCUCUUACAUUUGCUUCUUUUUUUUCUUAGAGUUUUUUUUCCCUUAACACACGUAGAAGUUAACAAUGCGGGGCAGCUUUGUUUUGCUGCUGCUGGCAGCUUUCACGUUCACGGGAGGACUUGUGCGGGGCGACGACAAUGCAGAAGACGACGAGGAGGUGGUGCAGGUGGAGACCUUGCUGAAACCCGAAACUUGUUCCGUACUCUCCACAAUGGGGGACACGUUGCAGAUUCACUACACGGGUAAACUGAUGGAUGGCAAGGUGAUUGACUCCUCACUGUCUCGGGAGCCUCUUGUAGUCGAGUUGGGGAAGAGGACGGUCAUUUCUGGUCUGGAACAAAGCUUGAUCGGUGUGUGCGAAGGACAAAAAAUCAAAGCCACCAUUCCAUCUCACCUUGCCUAUGGAAAAAAAGGUUACCCUCCUACAAUUCCAGGCGACGCGCCUCUUGAGUUCGAGGUGGAGGUGAUCUCGUUGACACAGCAGACGCCUUGGCAGAAGAUGGUGAACGACGUGUUACCCCUCUUGUGUUUGGUGCUGGUGCCCACUCUGCUCGGUCUGGUGGGACUCUACCUCUACAACAAGGCCAAAGACCCGAAACCCAGCAAAAAGAAGGCAAAGGACAAGAAGAGCAAGAAGAAAUAAGGACGGGACAAAGAACUAUUUAAAUAAUUUUUUUUAAAUGUGUUUUCUUUGUGUUGUUUUUUAAAAAAAAUAUCCCUUUGUAAAGCUACGCCAAGAAUUUACCGCUGCCAUUUAACGGGUGUCGAUUGUACAGUAAGCAGCUUCAGUGGUACUGAUGUUUAUGCUGCCUGAAGAUGUUUCAUCUCUGACAGAUUUUCAGCCUCCGUGAGCUUGAAUAAACUGCAACGCAUCCAAAAUUUAACAGACAGACACAGACAACACAUUUUAUGAUGGAAUAAUUCUCGUGCAUGUUUGAGUUAUAAUCUAGCAUUA